UACUAUUUAAACAUCUGUAAUCUUUCCCUUAGAUCGGGACUGUAGACAAGAACAAUCAACGUUCAUACUUGGGACUUGCAGAGAGCUUUUAAUUGUGUGGUUCCUAAACGCGGAAGGAGUCUGGUCUGGUUCCAAACCGACGACGAUGUUGUCGUUUUUAUCAGCGCAGAUUUGGACUGAGAUGAGAUAGCUGCGUCCUGCCAGCACACAGCUGCCUGUUCUUUUCUUCUUUUUUUUUUUUUUUUUUUUUUUUACUUAUUUCACAAGUAGAGGUAUCGCUUUUUUUUGUUAAACAAGAGGGCAGUUUUUCAUUUUCGCUGGAAAUAAUAAGGGGGGGGAAAAAACUGCGGUGGAACUUUUCCCAGAGACGGCGGGUUUGUUUGUUCUUCAGCGAGGCAGGAAAGGAUGUGAACAUCUGCAAUUGAGCAGUUAAUAAGAAAAGUACAACGAUUUGACUCUACUCUCGAAAUGGAGCCAGUUGAGUUUUACUUUUGAUUUGUAAUACUUUGGCCACGGAGGGAGCGAUACUUCAAUCUAGCCGUGAUAUGGAAGACGUGUGACGUUUGAGUCUGUCAAGUUAAAAAAAAAAAAAAAAGGCGAGUAUAAAAACAGAGAUGGGAAGCUCUGAUCUGCUCACAGUGGUGCUGGUUGUGGCAUGUCUGACGAUCUCUGCUGUCCUUGCAGAUUCUGAAGACAAUGGGAAGCUGCAGUGCACAUGCAAUAAUGACAAAAGCACAUGCGUGAACGGAACUUGCAGAGGAGACCUCUGCUUUUACACCUGGGUGAAAGGCCAUGAGGAGCGGGGCUGUUUCUCCCAGGAAAACUACAAGGAGCAGUGCUACACCUCCUUCGAGCGCUUCUUUGUCAACUGCUGCAGAGAGAAUUGGUGCAACGCCUACACCACACCACCUCCAAACAUAAAUCCAACAUCGCCCCCAGAGGUCUAUCGCCCAGAGCUGUGGAUCACGUUGUCUUUGCUGCUGUUAAUCAUGAUUGCCAGCAUGUGUGGCCUGGUGCUUUUCCUGCGCUUCCGCCGUGCACAUGGCAAACUGACAAACGUCGAAGAGCAUGAUGUCACCAUGCUCAAGGUUCCGAAUGGAGAUGACCCCACAUACGGCGAUAUCUUUGAUGAGUUCUGCACAUCAGGGAGUGGGACGGGGCUGCCUUAUCUGGUCCAAAGGACUAUGGCCAGACAAAUAUCACUUGCCCAAUGUGUCGGUAAAGGCAGGUAUGGGGAGGUGUGGAGGGGAACUUGGAUGGGUGAGAGUGUUGCUGUCAAGAUAUUUUCCUCAAGGGAUGAGCAGUCCUGGUUCAGAGAGACGGAGAUCUACAAUACUGUACAGCUGCGACAUGAUAACAUACUGGGUUUCAUUGCCUCAGACAUGACAUCCAAGAAUUCCAGCACCCAGCUGUGGCUCGUCACCCACUUUCAUGAGCUGGGUUCCCUCUACGACUUCCUGCAGUACAGCAGCUUGGAGCCUGAGGGCUGCCUAAAGAUGUGCCUGUCUGUGGCCUGUGGCCUGGUCCACCUUCACACUGAGAUUGUCAGCUCCCAGGAAAAGCCAGCUAUCGCCCACCGAGAUCUGAAAAGCCGAAACAUCCUGGUAAAGCGGAACGGACAGUGCUGCAUCGCUGACCUAGGUUUGGCUGUGAUACACUCUCAGUCUCAUGACUACCUGGAUGUGGGCAACAACCCUCGCGUGGGGACCAAACGCUACAUGGCUCCUGAAGUGCUGGAUGAGACUAUUCGUAUGGACGUCUUUGAGUCCUACAAGCAAACUGACAUCUGGGCCUUGGGCCUGGUAUUCUGGGAAAUUACCCGCAGGACAAUAGUGAAUGGGAUCGUGGAAGAGUACCGACCUCCCUUCUUUGACAUGGUUCCCAUAGAUCCCAGCUUUGAAGAGAUGAAGAAGGUGGUGUGUGUGGACCAGCAGAGGCCCAGUCCGCACAACAGGCUCCAUUCCCACCCUAUUCUGUCGGCCAUUGUGAAGAUCAUGAAGGAGUGUUGGUACCAGAGCCCACCAGCCCGCCUCACUGCCCUGCGGGUGAGAAAGACACUCUCCAAACUGGACCAUGACAGUGACUUCAACAUUGAGAAACUCAAACGGGACAUCUAGACCAGAGCACCGGGUUGAAACGGGGACAAAAGACUGAAAAAAACAAAAGGGAUUAUGCACCAUUCCAAAAGCACGGGGUGCAUAUCAUUAGCAUGGUUUGAGCUAAUGACUCUCACAGUCACUGCAUUAUAUUAAAAUCACAUGACUUUGAGCAGUAGUGUCUAGACUGGCUCCCAAGGCUAUUUUUUUUUUUCUUAGUCUUACUUUUAUCUGCCAUAUUUCCUACUUUUAUCUGCCAUAUUUCCGGGGCCUCAGACUUAAAGGCUCCCAAAGAGAAAACUAUUAAGACCCCAAAAAAAUGAUCAAAGUAUAUUUAUUUUUUUAUGUUCAGCUAAAGGACAUUUCUUAAUCAAGAUAAAUAAAAACCGAACAAUUCAUAGGCUGUUCUACACACAUACGGUUUUAUUCAUAAUUGUCUAAAUCCCCUAUCGUCACGACAGAGAGGAAAAUCUGGCAUGGCAAAAUAACUCAUCAUUUUAAUAGAGAACAGGAAGAGCACGUCAUUCUGGACUUUCUCUGGAAUGCAGUUAAAUUGCACAAUGGGUUUUCCCAAUAGGAAAACCCAUUGUGCAAUUGUGUCCACUGAUUGUGCCAUAUGGAAAGAGGAAAUAUGUAAGUAAUAACAUGCUCAUACCAAAGCACAUUACCUGUUGUGUAAGCAUAUUUAACUUAUAUAAACUUAUCAUUUAUUAUCUGCACACAGGCACAUUGAGAUAUUUAGUUGUACAUAUUCUAACAGCAUUGAAGCUGUUGUCUUGUUUAACCAUUGAUUUUAUUGUAAAUAUAUUUUUGAAAGGGCUAUUAUUGUCUAUUAUUCAACAAUGAGACACAUUUUAUGUACUUUUUUUCCAACACAACAUUUUCAAAGUAUUUUUUUACAUUUCUGUAGGCCAAUAAUGUACCAUCACUUUUACUCUGGUCAGUAAAGGAACUCACAAACAGACAUGUAAUAUUGUGUAUGUUGAAUAAAGGAUUGUAUUUUUCAA